UCCUGUUCGGCCCCAUCCUGUCCGAACCAGCACUGUGAGCGGCGAGCCGACAAACUGCACCUCAUCCCGGGGAGGAGAAUCAGCGACACGCCGCAGGGUGGAGCGGGACCGACACGGACACACAGCUUACCUGCUGCUGAAAACAAGCCACCAUGACGGACGCAGACAAGUUCCUGUACGGGGACCGGAGCGGCAUCAACGACCCGCUGGCCCAGGCCGACUGGGCCUCCAAGAAGCUGGUGUGGAUUCCCAGCGAGAAGCAGGGAUAUGAGGCCGGGUCGCUGAAGGAGGAGAAGGGCGACGAGUGUGUGGUGGAGCUGUCCGACUCUGGCAAGAAGGUGAAGGUGAACAAGGACGACAUCCAGAAAAUGAACCCGCCCAAGUUCAGCAAGGUGGAGGACAUGGCGGAGCUCACCUGCCUGAACGAGGCCUCCGUCCUGCACAACCUCAAGGAGAGAUACUACUCGGGACUCAUCUACACGUACUCGGGUCUCUUCUGCGUGGUGAUCAACCCGUACAAGAACCUGCCCAUCUACAGUGAGGAGAUCGUCAACAUGUACAAGGGCAAGAAGAGGCACGAGAUGCCGCCACACAUCUACGCCAUCACCGACACGGCCUACAGGAGCAUGAUGCAGGAUCGAGAGGAUCAGUCCAUCCUUUGCACUGGCGAGUCGGGAGCUGGGAAAACGGAGAAUACAAAGAAGGUCAUUCAGUAUCUUGCGCAUGUUGCUUCAUCCUCAAAGUUCAAGAAGGACCAGGCCGGUGCUGUGUUGUCCCAUGGGGAGCUGGAGAAGCAGCUGCUGCAGGCCAACCCCAUCCUGGAGGCUUUCGGCAACGCAAAGACUGUCAAGAACGACAACUCCUCUAGAUUCGGAAAAUUCAUCAGAAUCAACUUUGACGUCAACGGCUACAUCGUUGGAGCCAACAUAGAAACUUAUUUGCUGGAGAAGUCGCGAGCCAUCAGACAAGCUAAAGAGGAGAGGGCCUUCCACAUCUUCUACUACAUGCUGACGGGAGCCGGAGACAAAAUGCGAUCUGAUUUGUGUCUGGAGGAUUACAGCAAGUACCGUUUCCUGUCCAACGGAAAAGUGACCAUCCCGGGGCAGACGGACAAGGAAUUGUUUGUCGAAACCAUGGAGGCCUUUAACAUCAUGAGCAUCCCUGAAGAGGAAAUUAAUGGUCUGCUGAAGGUGAUUUCCGCCGUGCUGCAGCUGGGGAACAUGGUGUUCAAGAAGGAGCGCAACUCAGACCAGGCAUCCAUGCCUGACGACACCGCUGCCCAGAAAGUCUGCCACCUGCUGGGCAUCAAUGUGACCGACUUCACGAGAGCCAUCUUGUCUCCCAGAAUCAAGGUUGGUAGGGAUUAUGUGCAGAAGGCCCAGACCCAGGAGCAGGCGGAGUUCGCUGUUGAGGCGCUGGCCAAAGCUUCGUAUGAGAGGAUGUUCCGCUGGCUGGUGAUGAGGAUCAACAAGGCUCUGGACAAGACGAAGAGGCAGGGAGCGUCCUUCAUCGGCAUCCUCGACAUCGCUGGAUUUGAGAUCUUUGAACUGAAUUCCUUCGAGCAGCUCUGCAUCAACUACACCAAUGAGAAGCUGCAGCAGCUCUUCAACCACACCAUGUUCAUCCUGGAGCAGGAGGAGUACCAGAGGGAGGGCAUCGAGUGGAGCUUCAUCGACUUCGGCCUGGACCUGCAGCCUUGCAUCGACCUCAUAGAAAAACCCAAUGGUCCUCCUGGUGUCCUGGCCCUGUUGGACGAAGAGUGCUGGUUCCCUAAAGCCACCGACAAGACGUUUGUGGAGAAACUGGCUCAGGAGCAGGGAACUAAUCCGAAGUUUGUUAAACCCAAGAAACUCAAAGAUGAUGCCGAUUUCUGCAUUAUUCACUACGCAGGAAAGGUGGAUUACAAGGCAAACGAAUGGUUGAUGAAAAACAUGGACCCUCUGAAUGAGUGUGUGGCCACCCUGCUAAACCAGUCCACUGACAAGUUUAUUGGUGACCUCUGGAGAGACGUGGACCGCAUCGUUGGCCUGGAUAAGGUUGCAGGAAUGGCCGACUCGGGGCCCUUUAAGACCCGUAAAGGCAUGUUCCGCACGGUCGGCCAGCUGUACAAGGAGCAGCUGGGGAACCUCAUGACCACGCUCAGGAACACCAACCCCAACUUUGUGCGCUGCAUCAUCCCUAACCACGAGAAGAAGGCUGGUAAACUGGACGCUCACCUGGUUCUGGAUCAGCUGAGUUGUAACGGAGUCUUGGAGGGAAUUCGUAUUUGCAGACAGGGCUUCCCCAACCGGAUCGUCUUCCAGGAGUUCAGACAGAGGUAUGAAAUCCUCACUCCAAAUGCCAUCCCAAAGGGGUUCAUGGAUGGAAAGCAAGCCUGUGUGCUCAUGAUUAAAGCCUUGGAGCUGGACCCUAAUUUGUACCGAAUCGGCCAAAGUAAAGUGUUCUUCCGAGCUGGAGUCUUGGCCCACCUGGAGGAGGAGAGAGACUUGAAGAUCACUGACGUGAUCAUGAGUUUCCAGGCCUGGUGCAGAGGAUAUGUAGCCCGAAAAGCCUUCGCUAAGCGACAGCAGCAACUGACUGCCAUGAAAGUCAUCCAGCGAAACUGUGCAGCUUACCUCAAACUCAGGAACUGGAAGUGGUGGAGGCUUUUCACCAAGGUGAAGCCUCUGCUGCAAGUGUCUCGGCAGGAGGAGGAGAUGCUGGCUAAGGAAGAGGAGCUGCUCAAGGUGAAGGAGAAACAAAUCCAAGUUGAGGAACAGCUCAAAGAAUUCGAGGCGAAGCAGCAACAGCUGAGUGCAGAGAAGCAGGCCCUGCAGGAGCAGCUGCACGCAGAGACGGAGCUGUGCGCCGAGGCUGAAGAGAUGAGAGCCCGCCUGGCCGCCAGGAAGCAGGAGCUGGAGGAGAUCCUGCAUGACAUGGAGUCCCGGCUGGAGGAAGAGGAGGAGAGGGUCACGCAGAUGCAAACGGAGAAGAAAAAGAUGCAACAGAACAUCACGGAGCUGGAGCAGCAACUAGAUGAGGAGGAGGCAGCUAGGCAGAAGCUUCAGAUGGAGAAAGUCACCACAGAUGCCAAACUGAAGAAAAUGGAGGAAGACAUCAUUCUGCUGGACGACCAGAAUAGCAAGCUCAACAAGGAAAAGAAACUGCUUGAGGAGAGGAUCUCUGAGUUUACCAUCAAUCUGGCUGAGGAGGAGGAGAAGUCAAAAAGCUUGCAGAAGCUCAAGAAUAAACACGAAACCAUGAUCACUGAUUUAGAAGAUCGUUUGAGGAAAGAGGAGAAAAUGCGGCAGGAGCUGGAGAAAAACCGCCGUAAGCUUGAGGGAGACUCCACUGAGCUCCAUGACCAGAUCGCAGACCUGCAGGCCCAGAUCGCCGAGCUCCGGGCUCAGCUGGCGAAGAAGGAAGAGGAACUCCUGGCUGCGUUAGCCAGAAUCGAGGAGGAGGCUGCGGCGAAGAACACGGCCCAGAAGAAGAUCAGGGAGCUGGAGGCGCAGAUCUCCGAGCUGCAGGAGGACCUGGAGCUGGAGCGGCAGGCCCGAUCCAAGGCCGAGAAACAGCGCCGGGACCUGGGAGAGGAGCUGGAGGCACUGAAGACGGAGCUGGAGGACACGCUGGACACCACAGCUGCUCAUGUGGAGCUCAGGGCCAAGCGUGAGAGUGAAGUCGCUCAGCUGAAGAAGACUCUGGAGGACGAAGCAAAGACUCACGAGCAGCAGAUGGCCGACAUGAGGCAAAAACACAACCAGGCGUUUGAAGAGCUUAACGAACAACUGGACCAGGCCAAGAAGAACAAGAUGUCGAUGGAGAAAGCCAAGCAGGCCCUGGAGAGCGAGUGGAACGAGCUGCAGAUCGAGAUGAAGAAUCUGACCCAAAGCAAAGGCGACUCUGAACACCGACGCAAGAAGGCCGAGGCGCAGGUCCAGGAGCUGCAGAUCAAAUUUGGAGAAAGUGAGCGACAGAGGCAGGAGCUCGCCGAUAAGAUGACCAAGAUGCAGCAUGAGCUGGACAGCAUCAACGGGCUUCUGAGUGCAGCUGAGGGCAAAAACAUCAAAUCCAGCAAAGACCUUUCUACAGUGGAGUCUCAGCUGCAGGACGCUCAGGGGCUUCUCCAAGAGGAAACUCGACAGAAACUCUCCCUCACCUCCCGCCUGAAGCAGAUGGAGGACGAGCAGAAUAACCUGCGGGAGAUGCUGGAGGAAGAGGAGGAGAGCAAGAAGAACAUGGAGAGGCAGGUUGCCUCUCUGCAGACCCAGCUGGCUGAGGUGAAGAAGAAGGUGGAACAUGAGGCCGUUUCGCUGGAGGGAGCUGAGGAAAGUCGCAAGAAGCUCCAGAGGGAGAUGGACAACAUCGUUCAGCAGCUGGAGGAGAAGACGUCCGCCUACGACAAACUGGACAAGACAAAGACCCGUCUGCAGCAGGAGCUGGACGAUCUGCUGGUGGACCAGGACCAUCUGAGGCAGAUCGUCUCCAACCUGGAGAAGAAGCAGAAGAAGUUUGACCAGAUGUUGGCAGAGGAGAAAGCCAUCUCCACUCGGUAUGCUGAGGAGCGCGACAAAGCCGAGGCUGAAGCCAGGGAGAAGGAGACGCGAGCUCUCAACCUGGCCCGCGAGCUCGACACCAUGACGGGCCUGAAGAACGAGCUGGACCGCGCAAACAAGCUGCUGAAAGCAGAGAUGGAAAACCUGGUCUCCUCUAAGGACGAUGUCGGCAAGAACGUCCAUGAGCUGGAGAAGUCGAAACGCGCCAUGGAGCAGCAGCUGGAGGAGAUGAAGCUUCAGCUGGAGGAGCUGGAGGACGAGCUGCAGCUCACAGAGGACGCUAAGCUGCGACUGGAGGUCAACAUGCAGGCCAUGAAGGCCCAGUUUGACCGAGACCUUCAGGGCAGAGACGAGCAGGGAGAGGAGAGGAGGAAACAACUUGUUAAACAGGUGCGUGAGAUGGAGGUGGAGCUGGAGGACGAACGCAGGCAGCGUUCCCAGGCUCUCUCCGCCAAGAAGAAACUGGAGCUGGACCUGGCGGAGCUGGAAGCUCAGAUCGACCAGGCGAACAAAGGACGCGAUGACGCUCUGAAGCAGCUGAAGAAGCUCCAGACCCAGGUGAAAGAUCUGCUGAGGGAGUUGGAGGAACUCCGUUUGGCCAGAGACGAGGCCGUCAACGAGGCCAAAGAGACGGAGAGGAAGCUGAAGUCCAUGGAGGCCGACGCCCUGCGCUUCCAGGAGGAGCUGGCAACAGCUGACAGGCUGAAGAAGCAGCUUCAGACUGAGAGGGACGAACUCCAGGAUGAGAUCAACAGCAGCAACACAAAGAAUUCUCUGCUGACGGAUGAGAAGAGGAGGCUGGAAGCUCGCAUCACUCAGCUGGAGGAGGAACUGGAUGAAGAACAUCUGAACACUGAGAUGGUUAAUGAUCGUGUGAAGAGAAUGACGAUGCAGACUGAACAGCUGACCACAGAGCUGUCUUCGGAGCGCAGCAACUCCCAGCAGCUAGAGGGCGCUCGCUCCCAGCUUGACCGCCAGAACAAGGAGCUGAAACAGAAGUUGCAGGAGCUUGAGGUCACCAUCAAGUCAAAGUACAAGUCCUCCAUCACCUCACUGGAGGCCAGGAUCGCUCAGCUGGAGGAGCAGCUGGAUGUAGAGUCAAAGGAGCGUCAGCAGGCCACCAGGCUGGUCAGGAGGACGGAGAAGAAACUCAAGGAGGUGGUGUUGCAGGUUGAUGAUGAACGACGCAACACAGAUCAAUACAAAGACCAGAUGGAGAAGACGAACAGCCGUAUGCGUCAACUGAAGCGGCAGCUCGAGGAAACGGAGGAGGAGCUGACGAGGGCCAACGUUUACCGCAGGAAGCUGCAGAGGGACCUGGACGAUGCCACGGAGUCGGCUGACCUCAUGAACCGCGAAGUCAGCACUCUGAAGAGCAAGCUCAGACGUGGAGAUUUGCCCUUCAACAUGCGGGUCGGUUUGACUCGCACCACUCACGACACAGACGACGAUGUGGAAGCGUCAGCUGAAGGUACCGAACCUGCAGCCGAGUGAGCGGAGCCGGACGGCCAAAAGGGAAACAAAGCGAUGAAAUGUUAGCCUUACAUUUACUUUUUUACAUGCACCUGGCCAAAAUAUCUCUAAAAAUAUGCAGUAUAUUUUUAAUGAAAUACUUCAGAUACUUUUCCUGCCUAUUUUUCUACUUAAAGUUUAUAUUGUAUUGUUAAAACAUAGUUUUUGUAAGAUGUCACCACAAUUUCUCAAAUUUCUUUUUGAACUUUUUUUUUCUGGAUAUGUAAUGGUUAUAGUCACUCCAAAUUUCUAUCUGUACUGUAGGUUUCUCCUCAGUCUGUUAUAAAAAAUAACACAAUAACAAACGCACAUGAUUGGAAAAUGUUCAAGUUUUCAUUAGUUAAUUAAUUAUUGACACACUUUCUACGGUCAUCUGUUUGGAUGCUGUAAUGUCCAACUGUGUUAUUAGUUAUAGGUGAUGGGUUGUUUUAUUGCUUCACUGUAUUAUUUUCAAAAUAACGGCCUGCUUUUCUGCCAGUACUUUUGUCUCCUAAUUCAAACUUUGUGUUUUUGUGUAAUCCCCUGCCACUGAAUUUUCAGAUGGGUUAUUAAUUUGCAUGUUACUGAUCCUGUAGUUGUAAGGCUAAUCUGUUUUUAUGAUCUGCCUUAAUGCAAUAAAGUAAGGAAUGCAUUCAUA